CACAAUCAUACACACAUAUAUAUAUUUAUGUAUAAACGAAUAAGUUUAGUAUAACAUUGAUUAUUGCAAAAUUUAAACAAUUCAUUGUGCAGGUAACAUUCAAGAAUUUUUCUCUUUGAUCAAUUUAAAGCAUAAUUCACAUAUUCAAUAGUAAAUACUCAGGGAUUUCAUUGUGAAGCUCAAUUAUUAUUCCCGAGUUCAACAUUCAAUUAUUGAUUGUACAACUAGUGAAAGAUAAGAUAUCAUGAAUAAUUCAGUAAUUAAAAAUGCUGAUAUGUCAAGUGAAAUGCAAAAACGUGCAUUAACUGUUGGCAUGGAUUCAGUUCGAAAAUAUGAAUUAGAAAAAGAUAUAGCUGAUCAUUUGAAAAAAGAUUUCGAUACAAGAUAUGGUCCAACAUGGCAUUGUAUAGUGGGAAGAAAUUUUGGCAGUUCUGUUACACAUGAACCAGAUAGUUUUAUCUAUUUUUACGUGGAAAAGUAUGCUGUACUACUUUAUAAAUCAGGAUAGAAUUUCAGUAGUCACUAAUCAACCUAAUGAAUGUGAAUAGAGCGAAAAAACAUACUAAAUGGUGACGUAUAUGAAAGAAUAAUGCUCACUUGUAAACUUUUUUGUUCAAAAACAUGUUUUAUUGAAACUAUUAUCAUUAUUAUUAUUAUUGCUACUUAUAUAAUGAAAUUGUGAAUACAAUAGUUAUACUGUCA